UACAGAGCACAGUGCAAGACCAAGGUGCAAGCCAGCUGAGAAGGAAGAGGAGACUACCAGAGGGAAGGUGCUGUGAGGCCCGCCUCAUGGGGAACUGUCUGCAGAGGACAACCAGAUAUUUCAGGGGCUGGAGCUGUUGUCACAUCGUUGAAGGAUGCUCCUGCCUUCCUUGGAAAAACGUAAGCACUUUUAAAGCCAGACAAGCGUCUCCAAAGCAAAACGAAAGGAUGACUUCAGCUCCCGUUCAGGACAAUGCUAAUGAGACCUACACAGAAGAGUUGUGCUACAUCCUCGUUGAUCACAAAGCCUUCUGGGGAAGGCCAUCAGUGAACCCUGCUGAGGGCUUCUAUGAGAACGUCUCUAACAAGGCUGAGAGACACAAAGAGAUUUCAAGAGAAACAGAGACUGAGUACUCGGUUCUCUAUUUCCCUUCUCCCCCGCAGCCCCUACCUUCUACAGAAGAUGAAUAUGAACUUCUUGUGCCCAGCAGACUCUCCUCACGUGCCUUUCAACAGCCACGGUCACUUACAACCCCCUAUGAGACCCACUUUUCUCAUCCACAAUGAAGUGACUAGGUUGGAGUUUGUUCAGCACUGACAGAUAGAAGUAGGAGUUAGGGACUCUAGGUGAGGCAGCCGUGGGUCACAGGGAUCCUUAGUUUAUUUCUUCUGGAGGACCUUGCCAGGGCAGACUCUGCAAGCCUCUCAGAGUCUGACAAUAGCUAAACACUCAAAAAUUAGUCAACUGUCUUCCACAUUGCAUUGAAAAAAGGAGUGACCACCUUUGUUUAUGAGUGGUGUUAAAAAUAAUCUGUGGUCAGAAGAGCUCCUGGUAUCUCCGCUGGGGUGUACCACGCAAGACUCUGCUCUUCUCAGUAAGUUCUUACAAAUUGUCCCACAACUGUACUCUGCAGUCAGGGGAAGCUUUCUCAUCAUGUUCCAUGACCCCAGAGAGAAUCCCUCAUCACUGUUAAGUUCCAGCUCAGCACCAAUUGCUAUGGAAACCAGCAAUAUUCCUUUUAUUCCAUGGGUCUAGCAUGUGUCCUUUACACAGUGUCCUUGACCUGACGGUCCCCAUGGCUUGGAAUUUCCUGUGCAGUCAUUAAUAUAAUUUUAAACUAUAUAUUUAAACUUUGAGUUUCUCAUCAGAAUUGUCUUUCUCCUAUGGUAGAGGAAAACAUUCUCAAAACCUCCUUCAUGGUAGGCAAGCGAUCGGCCAUGAAGAGACCGCUCAAAUGUCUCUUCACCUAAAUCUCAGGAGAACCACCGUAAUGUCAGGAACUGACAAAGUGGAAAGUUUCUGGAGAGACUUUAACCCCACUAUCUUCCUUUUUUACUAAGCGAAAACUCUUUGCCCCAUGGUAUAUUAUCAGCAUUCGUGGUAGAACUUUAUUUCAGCUUCCGAGUCAGUGUUGCUGCUGCAGGCGCUAUAUGAUGCAGUAAGUUUCUCCAUAAACGGUCCAGCGUGCACGCAAUGUCCACAUGAGAGAAGUAACACAUGCCUCUUCUCUGUGAGCAUGCCUCUCUGACUCGAGUCUUUAUUUUCCAUCACUGUUUUCUUUGGAAUUUCUGGGAUCAUUUCUGUGCUAAGUUAGCCAACUACUCACAACCUACUGCCUGGCCCAACCUGGCCCACCGCCUGUAUUUUUGUAGAUAAACGUUUAUUGAAACACAGCUGCA